AUUUAUAAAUAAAAGAAACUCUAAAUAAAAUCCAGUUUGACUAGAAAAAUAUUAUUAUCAAAAAAUUUCUCCUUUCGGACAAAGGCCUCGAGGAGACAAAACUGAAGUCUCCGACAUCAAUCCUUUCGAGUGAAUAAAAAAAUAUAAAAAAACAAAUCAAAUAAACGAAAGGAGAAGUUUCGUUUCUUCGAGACCUUGAAUCGUUUAGAAGAUUUUGGUGAUAAAGGAUGAAGAUUCAGUGUAACGUCUGCGAGACGGCGGAAGCGGCGGUGCUAUGUUGCGCCGAUGAAGCUGCGUUGUGUUUGGCUUGCGAUGAGAAAGUUCACACCGCUAAUAAACUCGCCGGGAAACACCAGAGAGUGCCUCUCUCUGUCUCUUCCUCUUCCAUACCCAAAUGCGAUAUUUGUCAGGAAGCUACUGGAUUCUUCUUUUGUCUGCAAGAUAGAGCUUUGCUAUGUAGGAAAUGUGAUGUAGCAAUCCACACUGUGAAUCCUCAUGUUUCAGCUCACCAGCGGUUUCUUCUUACUGGGAUUAGAGUUGGUCUUGAAUCUACUACGGACACAGGUCCUUCUACACCUUCCAAUGAUGACAAAACCAACGAGAGGAAACCACCUACAUCUGAGCCUCAGAAGUUGGACUUAGAUCAUCAUAAUCAUCAGGUGGGUUUACCGGAAACUAAAGUGAGUGAUCACAUUUCUACAAAGCUUCCUAUUGCAAGCAGUGGAUCAGCAGCUACUGGAAGCAUUUCUCAGUGGCAAAUAGAUGAGAUUUUCGGAUUAACCGACUUUGAUCAGAGCUAUGAAUACAUGGAGAACAACGGAUCAUCUAAGGCGGAUACUAGUAGGCGAGGAGAUUCAGACAGUUCUUCAGUGAUGCGGUCGGGAGAGGAAGAUGGAGAAGAUAACAGUAACUGUUUGGGAGGAGGUGAGACAUCAUGGGCAGUUCCGCAGAUUCAUUCUCCACCAACAGCUUCUGGUCUAAACUGGCCUAGACAUUUUAACCACCACUCGAUGUUUGUUCCGCAUUUAUCUUCUUCAACUCAUAACACCGGUUCAUCCCCUAACCAGAGGGUUGGGAAGCGAAGACGGUUCUAAUAACUGCAACUCUCUAUGUAGUCUCGCUUACAGUUACAUCACAGUCAAUGCUUAAGAUUUCUCUCUAGAGGCUUCUUUACUAAAACUAGUCACCCGGAAACAUUUCUCUAUGUAUCACAAAAACAUUACACAGCAUUUGUCAGAAAUCAAUUAAUUUAUUUUGCAUUUUAUUGAA